CCCGCCCUGGGGCCGGGGUGAGAGGCGCGGAGCGUGCCCGGCAGGAGCCGGCUUGGCCGAUCCCUCGUUUUGCGGGAGUCAGGGAGACAGGGAUAAGGUCCCUCCCUAGUCAUUCUGCUUACUUUACUGAGCGCCUACCCUGUGCCAGAUACUGUACUAAGCCUUGCAGAUGCAUGAUUUCAUUUAUUUCUCACAACCUUCUAAAGUAGGUAUUGUUGUUAUUCCUAUUUUACUAGAGAAGAAAGCCCAGAAAGGUUACAUUGCUCAUCCCGUGUCACACCUACAGCACUGGGAAUUAAUUUGAUAGCACGUAUUGAUGGCUCUCAAGAAGUCAUCACUCUCACUGGAAUCCAGUGAGAGUGACUCUGAGGAGUUGCCAACAUUUGCCUUUCUAAAGAAGGAACCAUCUUCAGCAAAGAGAAGACACCCUCAGAGGGAGGAGAAGGUUAUAGUGGUUGACACUUCAGAUUCUGAGGCUUCCUGUCCUUCAUCACCACGGUUGAAAGAUCCACCACCUGUUCCGGACACGGCCGCAACGGUCAUACAAACCGAGCCAGUCAGGGUGCUAAGCAGUGGAAGUGAAGAUGAGGAGGAAUUUGUUCCCCUGGCUGAGAGGCUAACAUGUAAGUUUUUGACCCACAAGCAGCUGAGCCCCGAGGACUCUAGCUCCCCAGUUGAAAGUAUUGUGGAUCAUCAAAAUUAUGAAGGAGCAUUAUGUGACUGGAAAAAACAGCCCUUUCCAAAGAUCCGUGAUGUUCCCCUCUGUGACACCUCAGAGAGGCGUGCAUUAAAUAACAAAGACCUUUUGGUAGACAAUCCAUGCCAUCAGCUUCCAGCCUACCAAGGUACCUGCCCUGUCCAGAGCAACAGCUGGACAGUAAUCAAAACGAAUGCUGAGGACGCCCUGCCUCAGAAGAGAACCAAGCGUAGUCAGAAGGUCCGGAAGAAAGGCUCACAGGGAUGCCAGCAGCGGGGACAAGCAAGCCAGAAGGAAAGCACCCUGAGACAACAGGAAAGGAAGAAGAAGGCAGCACUGGUUAAUGGGCUGAAAGCUCAGAGGCCAGAGGAAUGCUUAAAGCACAUCGUUGUGGUGCUGGAUCCAGUGCUGUUACAGAUGGGAGGUGGGGGCCAGCUCCUCGGAGCACUGCAGUCCAUGGAAUGCUGCUGUGUGAUUGAGGCACAGGCCGUGCCUCACAGCAUCACCUGGAGGAGGAGGGCUGGGCCAGCCGAGGAUGGAGAGGAGGGCUGGGUGGAGGAGCCGAUGGUCCUGGUGCUGCUCCUGGCAGAGGCGUUUGUGUCCAUGAUCUGCAACUUCAAGCAGGGAAGUCUGGGCAGCACCGAGAAAGGGAAGGAAACACUUCGGAGCUUUGUAACUGACGUCACAGCAAGGACAGCGGGGAAAGCUCUGUCCCUGGUGAUUGUGGAUCAGGAGAAGAGCUUCAGCCUGGAACUGCUGCCCUUUGAUUUCCUUCCCUGCUCCAGUGCUCCAAAUCCUCCAAGGAGAAGGAAACAGGGAGUGGCAAAUAGAGAACAGGCCAAGGAGAAGAAGCAGCAGAGACAACCAGAGGCCAACACAAGGCCCCUGGUGUCCAGGGUAGACGUGGAAGAGGCACUGGUGGAUCUGCAGCUACACACACAGGCACAGGCUCGAGUUGUGCAGAGCUGGAAAGAGCUGGCUGACUUCGCAUGCACAUUCACAAAGGCUGUGGCUGAGGCGCCCUUCAAGAAGCUCCGAGAUCAAACUAAUUUCUCCUUCUGCCUGGAGAGUGACUGGGCUGGAGGGGCAAAGGUGGACCGCGCUGGCAGAGGACUUGCACUGGUCUGGAGGAGACAGAUCCAGCAGCUGAACCGCGUCAGCCUGGAAAUGGCCAGUGCUGUUAUGGAUGCCUAUCCUUCCCCACAGCUCCUGGUCCAGGCUUAUCGGCGGUGUUUUUCGGAGCAAGAACGCCAGAAUUUGCUUGCAGACAUACAGGUGCGCCGUGGGGAAGGUGUGACAUCCACCUCCCGCCGAGUUGGACCAGAGCUGUCCAGGCGUAUCUACCUUCAGAUGAGCACUCUGCAGCCAGAUCUCUCUUUAGACAGUGCAGACUGAUGCUAGCCCUCAAGGACAAGGAUAGACAGCUGGAGAUGUCCGCCUCACCCAGCUCAGAACAUGACUACAAAGCAGAGAUUGGAAGCGCCUCCCGAACCCAAGCCUGGGUCAGGCCAACAGACUCUUCCUGGGUGUCGUUCUGUGUGAAAGUCUCCCUACCUGUCAACUUGGGGCAGAAGGCUGAGAUACUUGCAUGUACUUCACC